UCUCUCCUUCUCUCUCAUGGCGUCACUUCUUCAACAACUUCUACAUCUUCACCUUUUACAUUCAACUCCUCCUCCUUUCUUCUUCAGUUUUCCUCUACACCACACCCCAUGGCUCUCCUCCAGCCAUUUCUCUCCCACUCUCCCCCUCUCUCUUUCUCUCUCCCAAAGCCCACUCCAUUAUCACUCGUCUCCCUCUCACAAUCAUUGAAACCUCCCCAUAAGCUACUCACACAAGCCUGGAGAGAUUCCAUCAGGUGCUGUGCUAUUGCAGAGAUAAGGGAUGGGGUUUCACUCGGGGGAGAGGAUCAGGGGGUUCUGGUGGACCCAUCUAGUCAAGAAGAAGUGAGAGGAGAGAGGCACGUGGCGGAGUAUGAUUGGAAGGAAGAGUGGUACCCACUGUAUCUCACUAAGGACAUACCAGAGGAUGCUCCUAUGGGUCUUACUGUUUUUGAUAAGCAGCUUGUGUUGUAUCGUGAUGGCAAGGGCCUGCUUCAGUGUUACGAAGAUCGAUGCCCCCAUAGGUUAGCAAAGCUCUCUGAAGGUCAGUUGGUUGAUGGGAGACUGGAAUGUUUGUACCACGGUUGGCAAUUUGAAGGCGAGGGUAAAUGUGUGAAGAUACCUCAGCUUCCGGCUGAUGCAAAAAUUCCACGAUCAGCUUGUGUUAAAACAUAUGAGGUGAAGGAUUCCCAAGGAGUGGUUUGGGUGUGGAUGUCACACAGGACCCCUCCAAAUCCUGAUAAACUGCCAUGGUUUGAGAACUUUGCUAGACCAGGGUUUCGAGAUACCUCGACAAUUCAUGAGCUUCCAUAUGAUCAUUCCAUUCUUCUCGAGAACCUAAUGGAUCCAGCCCAUGUUCCAAUCUCACAUGACAGAACAGACUGGAGUGCAAAGAGGGAAGAUGCCCAACCACUAUGUUUCAAGGUCACUGAACGAACAGACCGUGGUUUUGCUGGCUGGUGGGGCAGGGAAAAAGAUGAGUCCUUGCUGAAUUUCUUACGAUUCGAAGCCCCAUGUGUUCUUCAGAAUAACCGAGAAAUAGUUGAUAAGAAUGGGGAAAAGCACUACUUUACUGGUCUUUUCCUUUGCAGGCCAUCAGGACAAGGAAAAUCAAUGUUGAUUGUGAGGUUUGGUUCAACCAAGAGAUCUCCCAUAGCAAAAUUGUUUCCAGAAUGGUACUUCCAUCAGAAUGCAGGUAAGGUUUUUGAGCAAGACAUGGGGUUCCUUUCCUCCCAAAAUGAGAUUCUAAUGAAAGAAAAAGUUCCAACAAAGGAACUCUAUCUCAAUUUAAGGUCAUCAGACACAUGGGUUGCUGAAUACAGGAGGUGGAUGGACAAAGUAGGGCAUGGAAUGCCCUACCAUUUCGGGCACAGCACCAUUUCACUACCCCAACAGCCUGCAGUGGUGGAACAUGCACCAGCAGGUUUGGUUGCCGGACUCUCGGCUUCUUCCCCAGCCAAGGGAGGGAUUGGAACGAUGCAUGCCCCAAAUCCUGCAAACCGAUACUUCCGACAUGUAGUUCAUUGUAAAGGAUGCAGAAGUGUUGUCAAAGCUUUCCAAGCAUGGAAGAAUGUCUUUUCCGCCUUGGCUCUUGCAUCAACAGCAUUGGCAAUUCUAGUGACCGGAAGGCAGUGGAAGGCCCUUCUGUUGGUUGGAACGGCACUAAGCUUGGCUGGAAUGUAUGCAUGCUCAACAGUGGUUGCCAUGAAUACAACAAACUUUGUAAGGAUCCACAGGAGAUUGUGAGUUAUACAUACAAAGGGGUUGCUGGUGGCUGAUUUUGUUUGAUUAGUAGUGUAGGCGCAGAGCAAGAACAUAUAGAAGAUAUGCUGGUGUUUAUGCUCUGUAAAUCAAUACUUGAAUGAGGAUUGUGUUGGUUAUCUUUCUUAUAUGCAUGAAUAGUGUCGAUAAUACCAUGAUUUUAGUAAUUCAUUGAACUAAUUGAAGUGAUUCAUCAGAGUAAAUUAGCCGGUCUCCUCCAUCAGUUUCCUUCAUGUAUAGAGACAUUAAGUUGUGAUUUCCUUGCAACUGUGUGAGUUCGAUCAAUCUUGUGGCUUAUGUGAAUGGAGACCAUUCUUGUGUGUC